CGAACCUCAGAAAACAGCUUGCCCAUGGAGGGCUGUGCCCAGGGGAGCCCAGCCAAGAGCCUGGAAAGGGGGACCCUGGCUGCCUGCUGGCAUGUCCCCCUCCCUCCGCGGGUUUCGGGUGUGUUGCUCUUUCUUGUCAUGGGUAUGAGUUGUUUACAGUUUACCUUUAUUUCUCAGUCUCCUUCCAGUCAAAUCGAAGAAAAAGACAUUAAAAAGCAAGAGGAAUGGGAGCCGGACGGUGAGGCGAAAAGUCAACCAGACUACGUAAAGGAAAGAUUGAAGCUUUUUGAAAUAUUGAAGAAAGAUCAUCUAUUUACCAUUUAUGAAAAAAAGGGGACUCCAGGCAAUGUAAUCACAGUAAGAGUGGCUGAUGGGAAAACAGUGGAAGGGGAAGCCUGGAAAACAACACCUUACCAAGUGGCCGCUGAUAUUAGCCGAGACCUGGCUGAAAGCACAGUAGUAGCCAAAGUCAAUGGGGAGCUGUGGGACUUGGACCGUCCCCUGGAAGGGGAUUCCGCUCUCGAGCUGCUGACGUUUGAUACCGAGGAGGCUCAGGCUGUGUACUGGCACUCCAGCGCUCACAUCCUGGGGGAGGCCAUGGAGCUCUACUACGGAGGCCACUUGUGUUACGGUCCGCCCAUCGAAAAUGGAUUCUAUUAUGACAUGUUCAUCGAAGACAGAGCAGUGUCCAGCACGGAGCUGUCGGCGCUGGAGAACAUCUGCAAGGCGAUCAUGAAGGAGAAGCAGCCGUUUGAAAGACUGGAAGUCAGCAAGGACGUCCUCCUGGAAAUGUUUAAGUAUAAUAAAUUUAAAUGCCGCAUUUUGAAUGAGAAGGUUAACACUCCAACUACCACAGUUUACAGGUGUGGUCCACUAAUUGACCUUUGUAAAGGCCCCCAUGUAAGACACACUGGAAAAAUCAAAACCAUAAAAAUUUUCAAGAAUUCCUCAACAUAUUGGGAAGGCAAUCCCGAAAUGGAAACACUGCAGAGGGUCUAUGGGAUAUCCUUUCCUGAGAACCAGAUGAUGAGAACCUGGGAGAAGGCCCAGGAGGAGGCCAAGAACCGAGACCACAGGAAGAUCGGGAAGGAUCAAGAACUUUUCUUUUUUCACGACCUGAGUCCUGGCAGCUGCUUUUUCUGUCCCAGAGGCGCCUUCAUUUAUAACACGCUUAUGGAGUUCAUCCGUGAGGAAUAUCACCGCCGUAACUUCAUGGAAGUGCUGUCCCCCAACGUGUACAACAGCAAACUCUGGGAAGCCUCGGGCCACUGGCAGCAUUACAGCGAGAACAUGUUUACCUUUGACGUCGAGAAAGACACUUUUGCCCUUAAACCCAUGAAUUGUCCAGGGCACUGCCUAAUGUUUGCACACCGUCCGCGAUCCUGGAGGGAAAUGCCUGUCAGAUUUGCCGAUUUUGGAGUUCUGCACAGAAAUGAGCUGUCGGGAACUCUGAGUGGCCUGACCCGAGUCAGACGCUUCCAGCAGGAUGACGCUCACAUCUUCUGCAUGGUGGAGCAGAUUGAAGACGAGAUCGAGGGGUGUUUGCAGUUUUUGCAGUCUGUUUACUCCACACUUGGCUUCUCCUUUCAAUUAAAUUUGUCAACAAGGCCUGAAAACUUCUUAGGACAGAUUGAGUUAUGGGACGAAGCUGAAAAGCAACUGCAGAAUAGCUUGAUGAAAUUUGGAAAACCGUGGAAGAUGAACCCAGGAGAUGGAGCAUUUUAUGGCCCUAAAAUUGAUAUCAAAAUCAAGGAUGCUCUUGGCAGAUACCAUCAAUGUGCUACAAUCCAGCUGGACUUCCAGCUCCCUAUUAGAUUUAAUCUCACGUAUGUGAGUAAGGAAGGGGAUGAUAGCAAGCCUGUGAUCAUUCAUCGGGCCAUUUUGGGGUCAGUGGAGAGAGUGAUAGCCAUCCUGUCGGAAAACUACGGGGGGAAAUGGCCUUUCUGGCUGUCUCCUCGUCAGGUAAUGGUCAUCCCUGUGGGGCCAGCUUGUGACAAAUACGCACUUCAGGUCUCCAGUGCAUUUUUUGAAGAAGGAUUCAUGGCCGACGUUGAUUUAGAUCAUAGUUGUACACUAAAUAAGAAAAUCCGAAAUGCACAGCUGGCUCAAUAUAAUUUUAUUUUGGUGGUUGGAGAAAAAGAAAAGGCAAACAACGCUGUAAACGUUCGAAUGAGGGACAACAGAAUCCAUGGAGAGAUUUCACUGACUUCCGCCAUUGAUAAAUUGAAGAGUCUCAAGGAAUCACGUACACUAAACGCUGAGGAAGAAUUUUGAAGUCCUUCCUUGUAGUCCCUUCUAUGCAGCCUUGUUUUGACCCCCCGAAGAUGCAUUUUUCUUAAGUAAUGUUAGUACUUCUGAGAAUUUUGGACCCAUUGAUGGUUCCUCUGCUGGGAGCAGUGAGAGGAGACAAUGAAUGAAUAGCUGAUAUGGACAAAGUUUAAUUCACUAAUGUGUCUGAGGACAAUACGGGGACAGGCCUGGGAAAUUUUUUAUUUCCCAAAUGUCUUGAGAGUCUAAAUGGGCAAAUGUUAUUCAUUGAAAAACGGAAAUACUGGGAAAUGAGGAUUAUGAGACGUUAUUGCUGAGAGUUAUGAUUUUCAAAAAAUAGGUUUCAAAUAAAAGUCUGCAAAGCUUUUUGGAA